AUGUCAGCAACCACGAAAAUUCCGCCAACAUACCACAAUAAUGACCCUCAGUCUUUUGGCUUUAGCACAGCCAGAUCGAGAUGGCCAAACAUUUUGAAUAAGGUUAUUGGUGACACCAAGGCAGAGUACGAAGGCAGUACGAAUGAGAAAAAGAAGAUACAGGGUGAGAAGAUUGUGGAGCAGGUGAAGCAGCUCAUUGCGUCUAUAUUGGGCAACAAGAUCGUAGAACCAUUCAAGAAUACCAGCAUUCCUGGAUUAAGCUCUUACAAUAAGACGCUUAAGAAGACUGGCACCAUUACAUGGCUAACGGGACCGUGGCUCUUUUGCGAAUGCUACUUGUACCGUUACUUGGAUUAUUUGUACAAGUCCGAGUCUGAAUGGGUUUCGUUUGACCCGUUCGAGGGCAAGAAACGGGGUGCAUUUAAAGCUUCGGAAUCUGGCGUUAAAGAGUUGUGCCUCAGGUACAAAGAACUAAGCGGCAGGCUUUUGGACCCCAAGCAGAGAGCUCAGUUCACUACGGAGGCAUUGUACAACUUGUUUGUGGAGUUUAUCGAGGUCUCGCUUUGGGGAAACGCCAUUGAUCUUUCUCUUUUGGCAAAUGCCACAAUGGAGGAACUUCAAUCACACCAGGGCUCAAAGGCUGUGGCCGAGGCCAAUAAACGUGUUCUUUGCAAUGAUAUCAAGGCGGCAUGGGCUGGUCUGACUGAAGAUCCGCCGGAGAAAAGGUCGCUUGACAUUGUUUUGGAUAAUGCAGGCUUUGAAUUCUUCACCGACAUAGUUCUUUCACUCUUUCUCCUUGAUGCCAAAAUAGUCAGCAAGAUCACUUUCCAUUGCAAGACGAGACCCUGGAUGGUGAGCGAUACCAUGAUUAAGGACUACGCUCUCUUCAAGAAGGACAUACUGGGCACAUUUUCCGGUUCACAGCCCGAAAUCGAGUAUUUGAUGAAUCAUCUUGAGGCCUACAAGAAGGCCGGCAAAUUCUGCCUUGCCGAGUCCGAGUUCUGGACUGCUGAUCUUGACUAUUGGCAUCUACCGUCAGAGGAGGAUGUCUGCGGAAGCAGAAAGCUGUACGAACAUCUCUGUAAGUCGUCAUUGGUGAUUUUCAAGGGUGACUUGAACUACAGAAAGUUGACUGCCGACAGGAUGUGGCCUAGAAAUACGCCAUUUAGGGUUGGAAUCGGGUCGUUGGCUCAUUCCGGCAUCAAGAUACUUGCCUUGAGGGUUUGCAAGGCCGAUGUCUGUGUUGGUUUGCCGGAUGGAAAAGACGAGGAGCUAUGCAAAUUGUGGAAAAGUGAGAAUCACCAAUACGGCGAGCUAUGGUGUUCGGCAGGCAGAUGGGCUGUGAUUUCAUACAGCAGUGGUAAAUAG